AUGCCUCUACUUGACGGUAAAGAAAUCGAGAUAUUUUUCAAUGAAGAAGAUCUACCAUAUGAGGAGGAAAUAUUAAGAAAUCCAUUUUCAGUGAAACAUUGGCUGAGGUAUAUAGAGCAUAAGAAAGGAGCACCUAAGAAUGAAAUUAAUAUUAUAUAUGAGAGAGCUCUUAAGGAAUUGCCUGGAUCAUUCAAGCUUUGGUACAAUUAUCUAAAACUACGAAGAUCUCAAAUUAGAGGUCGCUGUAUAACAGACCCUGCAUAUGAAGAUGUUAACAACUGUUUUGAAAGGUCAUUAGUUUUUAUGCACAAAAUGCCCAGAAUUUGGAUGGACUAUUGCACAUUUUUAACAGACCAAUGUAAAAUUACCACAACAAGAAAAGCAUUAGACAGUGCUUUAAGAGCCUUACCUAUAACUCAGCACCAUAGAAUUUGGCCGCUCUACCUGAAUUUCUUAAAAAAACACAAUAUUCCUGAAACAGCUGUCAGAGUAUUCAGAAGAUAUCUUAAGCUGUGUCCAGAGGAUACAGAAGAAUAUAUAGAUUAUUUAAUAUCAAUAGAAAAACUAGAUGAGGCAGCAAUCAAAUUAGCUCAACUGGUUAACAAUGAAAAUUUUCAGUCAAAACAUGGUAAAUCAAAUCAUCAGUUAUGGAAUGAGCUCUGUGAAUUAAUAUCUAAAAACCCAGACAAAAUUCAUUCACUUAAUGUAGAUGCUAUAAUUAGAGGUGGGCUUAGGCGUUAUACUGACCAGUUAGGACACUUGUGGAACUCAUUAGCAGAUUACUAUGUAAGAAGUGGGUUAUUUGAAAGAGCAAGAGAUAUUUAUGAAGAAGCAAUUCAAACUAUCACCACUGUUAGAGAUUUUACUCAAGUUUUCGAUGCAUAUUCUCAAUUUGAGGAACUCAGUUUAAGUAAAAAAAUGGAAGAGGUUGCUAAAAAGGCAAAUCCUACUGAGGAUGAUGAUAUUGAUCUAGAGCUGAGGCUUGCCAGAUUUGAAUAUUUAAUGGAAAGAAGAUUGCUACUUCUGAAUUCUGUACUUUUACGGCAAAAUCCACAUAAUGUAUCUGAAUGGCAUAAAAGAGUGAAACUUUAUGAAGGAAAACCACAUGAAAUUAUUGAUACAUAUACAGAAGCUGUACAGACUGUUGAUCCAAAAUUAGCUGUAGGGAAACUUUAUACAUUAUGGGUUGGUUUUGCUAAAUUUUAUGAAAGCAAUGAUCAAAUUGAUGAUGCUAGAUUGAUCUUUGAAAAAGCUACGCAAGUGAAUUAUGCCAAAGUGGAUGACCUUGCUUCAGUUUGGUGUGAAUGGGCUGAGAUGGAAAUAAAACAUGAGAAUUAUGAAGAAGCCCUAAAGUUAAUGCAAAGAGCAACCGUACUACCAAGUCGGAAAGUAGCCUAUCAUGAUGAUAAAGAAACUGUGCAAAUGCGUUUGUACAAAUCCCUAAAAGUUUGGUCUAUGUAUGCAGAUUUAGAGGAAAGUUUUGGCACUUAUAAAUCUUGUAAAGCAGUUUAUGAUCAUAUUAUCGAUUUAAAAAUAGCAACACCACAAAUUAUCAUCAACUAUGGACUUUUUUUGGAAGAGCAUAACUACUUUGAGGAAGCUUUUAGAGCUUAUGAAAAAGGAAUAGCUCUCUUUAAGUGGCCUAAUGUAUAUGAUAUUUGGAAUACUUACCUAACUAAGUUUUUGAAAAGGUAUGGGGGAUCAAAAUUGGAAAGAGCAAGGGAUUUAUUUGAACAAUGUCUUGAACACUGCCCCCCAGAGUUUGCCAAAUCAAUAUUUCUUUUAUAUGCAAAAUUGGAAGAGGAGCAUGGUUUAGCAAGGCAUGCUAUGUCUGUUUAUGAACGAGCAACUACUGCUGUUCUUCCAGAACAAAUGUUUGAAAUGUUUAAUAUUUAUAUCAAAAAAGCAGCUGAAAUAUAUGGUGUUCCAAAAACACGACAAAUAUAUGAAAAAGCUAUUGAAACACUACAGGAUGAAAAAUCUAGAGAAAUGUGUGUUCGUUUUGCCGAAAUGGAAACUCGAUUGGGAGAAAUAGAUAGAGCGCGAGCUAUUUAUGCUCAUUGUAGUCAAAUGUGUGAUCCUCGAAUAACUGCUGAAUUUUGGAAUACUUGGAAAGAAUUUGAAGUUAGGCAUGGAAAUGAGGACACAAUGCGUGAAAUGCUACGUAUAAAACGAAGUGUGCAAGCUACUUACAACACUCAAGUAAAUAUGAUGUCUGCUCAAAUGUUAAGUUCGGCGGCGCAAGCUGCCGGUACUGUCUCAGACUUAGCUCCAGGCAUGAAGGAUGGAAUGAGAAUGUUGGAAGCAAAAGCCGCAGAAAUGGCUGUACAAAAUAAAGGCAACAUUAUGUUUGUUAGAGGAGAGACUCAGGGUCUUAAAGAAAGUACUGAUAAAGUUGUAAAUCCAGAUGAAAUUGAUAUAGAUGAAGAAGAAUCAGGAAAUAGUGCAGAUGAAGAAGUUGCCCCAGUACAGACAAAAGAAAUUCCAGCUGCUGUUUUUGGUGGCCUACUCUCUGAAAAGGAA